UGCAUUGUGGGUAAUGGUGGCGGAAGUUUGACGCUCGUGGAUGGUGUUGUUGGUGUUCGGGGUCUGCGCCGCGUUUCGGUCUUUAACUUUCGCCCGUGGGAGGGGGAUUUGCGGUGGGAACCGCGGCCGUGUGUCAGCGUGUGAAUGCGGGGCGAAGAGUCGUCGGAUUCCGAGUCGGGGAGGAUGGAGGAGAGUUCGGUCCGGAGGAGUUUGGAGACUUUGUGUCAAGAACUGAACAUGGACGAGCAGCCGGCAGCUGAAGCCAUGGACAACUUCACAGCCAUAUGGGAUACAUACACCCUGGAGGGAGAGGUGGUCCACUGGCUGGCCUGUGCGCUGUACGCGGCCUGCAGGAAGGGCUCCACUCCCACCGUGGGGAAGGGGCUGAUGGAGGGGAACUGCGUCUCGCUCACCAGGAUCCUGCGCUGCGCCAAGCUGAGCCUCAUCCAGUUCUUCUCCAAGAUGCGGAAAUGGGCCGACAUGUCCAACCUGUCGCAGGACUUCAGGCUGCGGAUGGACCGGCUGGAGCGCAACUUUGAGGUUUCCACGGUGAUCUUCCGUAAGUUCGAGCCGAUCUUCAGGGACAUGUUCGUGAAUCCCCAGGGAUGCGAAGCACCGCGGCAACCGCGCAGCAGGAAGCACAGGCGGCUGCCCUGUCACAUCACCGAUGUGUUCAAGUUCUGCUGGACGCUGUUCGUCUUCACUAAAGGAAACUUCCGGAUGAUCGGAGACGACCUGGUGAACUCGUACCACCUGCUGCUCUGCUGCCUGGACCUGGUGUUCGGCAACGCCCUGCUGUGUGCCAACAGGAAGGAGCUGAUCAACCCCGGCUUCAGAGGUGUGCCUCCCUCGUUCCGAUUGGACGGCCCCGCCCCCCAGAGCGAGGCUCCGCCCUGCGUCUUGGAGAAGCUGUGUGAGCUGCAUGACGGCCUGGUGGUGGAGGCCAAAGGCAUCAAGCAGCACUACUUCAAACCGUACAUCCACAAACUGUUCCACAAACAGAUCCUGAAAGGAAACGAAACGCUUUUCACUGAAAUGUUGGAUCCUCAGAACUUUAUUGACAACAAUAAAGCCAUAAAUAGGGAGUACGAGGAGUACGUGCUGACGGCGGGAGACUUCGAUGAGCGAGUGUUCCUGGGAGCCGACGCCGACGAGGAAAUCGGAACGCCAAGGAAGUUUGUUCAGGAGCGAGUCGCCAGCCAGGCUGCAGCUCAGAGAGACGGGCAGCAGCUGGAGAAGCAACAGUUCAUGACUUCUGCCAUUGAUUUUCAUGUUUGUCUCUGCAGGUCCUGCUCCAGAGAUCCCACUGACUCCAUUCUGGCUCGGGUCAAAACUUUGGGACAAACCUUCAGGGAACAAUACACCAACAACUCCGAGGACACGCCGGGAUCUCACAUCGACUUUGCUGAGAGCCGCUGGAAGCUGGCUGAGAUCCUCUACCACAAAGUCCUGGAGAACGUUCUGGUCCAGGAGACGAAGCGCCUGCAGGGCCGGGACAUGAGUGUUCUGCUGGAGCAGGACAUCUUCCACUGCUCCCUGAUGGCCUGCUGCCUGGAGGUGGUCCUGUUCUCCUACAGCUCCCAGAGAACCUUCCCCUGGAUCAUCAGCGUCUUCAAGCUGCCGCCGUUCUACUUCUUCAAGGUGAUCGAGGUGUUCAUCCGCUCAGAGGAAGGUCUGUCCCGCGACAUGGUGAAGCAUCUGAACGCCAUCGAGGAGCAGGUUCUGGAGAGCCGGGCCUGGGCCUCGGACUCCGCCCUGUGGAGCGCGCUGGAGGCCGCCGGCGGGAAAGUCCCCAUGGUGGAGGAGGUGAACUUCUCGUCUUGUCUGGAUUCUGGUUCUGGUUCCGGUUCCACUAACGGCCUGCCUCAUCUGCCGCUGAUGGCCCAGUCUCCCAUCAUCCACCCUCGGAUCAGGGAGUUCCGGUCGGGUCUGGGAAGUUCACGGAAAGAAGUUCCUGCGUCUCCGCUGUCGGUCCAUGACCGGUACAGCUCUCCGGCCGCCGGCAGCGCCAAGCGCCGGCUCUUUGGCGACGACCCGCCGGCGCCCCCUGCUGGCCUGAACGUCGCCGUCAGCCCGACGCCGUCUCCGGCCAAGAGGCUGACGUUUGGGACGAGCCAGAAGAUCGGAGGACAGAGCGCCGUGCUCAGCAUCCCACUGCAAGGUGAGCGAACGUUCGCCCUGAUCCCGGUCCAACCCUGCGACUCCUCCGGCGUCGUCACGGCUCAGUUCCUGCUGACCUCGUCCCCGGGUAGGGUUGCCGUCGCCACGGCGACCUCCAGCACCGAGCCCCAGGCGGGAACCGGGCGGCCGCGGCGAACCGGGUCGCUGGCUCUGUUCUUCAGGAAGGUGUACCACCUGUCCAGCGUGCGGCUCAGAGAUCUGUGCCUGAAGCUGGACGUGUCGUCGGAUCUGCGCGGAAAAAUCUGGACGUGUUUUGAACACGUUUUGGUUCACUGCAGCGACUUGAUGAAGGGGCGGCACCUGGACCAGCUGCUGCUCUGCUGCCCAUGUUUCUCCCUGCAGAUCAGCAAAGAGACGCUCACCUUCCAGGACAUCAUGAAGUGUUACCGCAGCCAGCCGCAGGCCAGCAGCCACGUGUACCGUAGUGUGUUGCUUCGUCACACUCCCAGAGAGCAGCCAGCCGAUGAAAACAUGGAGGUGGACUCCGUGUCUGGAGGAGAAUCUGCAGAGAAAGCCAGUCAGCAGCCAGCAGGCAGACAUCCUGACCAAUCAGAGGAGGAGGAGCGUGGUGACCUCAUCCAGUUUUACAACAUGGUGUUUGUCCUGAAGAUGAAGAGCUUCGCUAUGCGCUACGCCACCGGCGACGCCCGGGCCGACGCUCCGCCCCUCUCUCCGUUCCCGUCGGUCCGCGCUCAGCCUCUGUCGCCGCGACGCGUCAGUCAGAGACACUCGCUCUACGUUUCACCUCACAAGAACUCAGCAGGGAGUCUGACGCCGAACUCCUUCACCUACAGGAUCAACAGCAGCCCGUCCAAGGAGCUGUCGGACAUCAACCGGAUGAUCCGGCAGGGCGCCGUCAGCAGGAAGAGGGCCUUCACCAUGGAGGGCGACGUGAUGAUGUCAUCAGCAUGCGACUCGCCCAGUAAGAGGGCGUGUCCGGAGAACGGCAGCAGUCCAGACGUUCUGCUGAAGCGCCUGCAGGACGUCGUGUCCGAGCGCCAGAGUCACUGACAGAAACUCGGCCUUGGAGCGCCGUUACCAUGGUAACGCCUUACAGGACCGCCCCGUAACCACGGUAACGCCUUACAGGACUGCCCCGUAACCACGGUAACGCUUUACAGGACGGCCCCGUUAC